AUGCAGUUCAAGGCCAUCCUCGUCCUCGCCUCGGUCGCCACCGUCCUGGCCGCGCCCACCCCCAUUCCCUCCGACACUGUCGUCGACGUCUACAACACUGCCCCCGUAGAGGUGGCCCAGCUCGACGCCCGCCAGACGGCCAAGGAGCAGAUCACCGCGGCCAUCACCGAGGCGGUCAAGGAUGCCGUGACUGCGCUCGCCGUCAAGGGUGCCAAGAUGGGAGCCCAGUUCGUCAAGGACCUCAAGAACUGGACCAACGCCCGUGAGGAGUUCACCAAGGCCACCGUCAAGGAGAUGUGGGAGGCCCAGACCGACAAGAAUACCUUCCCCGCCGCCGUCUGCUACAACAUGGGCUACAAGGCCGAGGGCGCCGCCGGCCUGAUCAAGGUCGACCUCAAGUCCGGUCUUCUCAAGACCGACUACGAUUGCUUCUACAUGCCUGGCAACUCCAACUUCAAGGCUGAGGGCGAUGGCGGCUUUAUCAACCUUGCCAUCCAGUCCGACAGCAACCGCUGCAAGUACGACAGCAAGGCCAAGACCCUCACCUGCAAAUAA